CAGGUUCAGCCUAUAUAACCGUACACCACCAUCAUUUCCUCUCUGCAUUCUCCCACCAAACAAAACAAAAAUGACAAAACCCCUUCUCAUCCUCCUUCACGUCAUCCUCUUCGUCUCUUUCACCUUCACAACUGCAAACCCAGACUUCGACGCUCUCAUGAAGCUCAAAGCAUCAAUGGUGGCACCAAACAGCACCGCCUUAUCCGACUGGCAAACCGGCACCUCACAUUGCUCCUUCACCGGAAUCUCAUGCGACGAAAACCUCCGCGUAACCGCCUUAACCGUCUCCUACGUCCCCAUGUACGGCACCAUCCCACCGGAGAUCGGAAUAUUAAACAAACUCGUUAAUCUCACUCUCGUUUCCGAUAAUCUCACCGGUGAGUUACCGCUUCAGAUGGCGAAUUUAACAUCGUUAAAAUUCGUUAACAUCUCAACAAACUCGUUCACCGGAGAGUUUCCGGGGGAAAUAGUCGCCGGGAUGACUGAUCUGGAAGCGUUUGAUGUGUAUAACAAUAACUUCACUGGUGAAUUACCGGUGGAGUUUGUGAAGUUGAAAAAUCUGAAAGUGCUUUAUCUCGGUGGUAAUUUCUUCAGUGGUGACAUUCCAGAAAGUUAUUCAAGUUUUCAAAGCUUAAAAAGGUUAGGUUUACAAGGAAACUCGCUUUCUGGAACCAUUCCAGCAAAUUUAUCGCGUGUGUCGACUCUCGAAUAUCUUUGGCUCGGGUAUUACAACGCGUACACCGGAGGAAUACCCGAGCAAUUCGGAGAGUUAAAAUCGUUAAAGUUGUUAGACCUUUCGAGUUGCAACCUCACCGGAACAAUCCCAGCGAGUUUAGGUGGUUUAAAGAUGAUGCAUACACUGUUUCUUCAGUGGAACAAUUUAAGCGGUGAGAUACCGGGUGAACUGUCUGGAUUGAUAAGUUUGAUGUCGCUUGAUUUGUCGAAUAAUAAUUUGAGUGGGGGGAUACCGGAGAGUUUUGGUGAGUUGAGGAAUUUGACGUUGAUUAGUUUGUUUCAUAACCGGCUUGCUGGACCGCUUCCGUCGUUUAUUGGUGAUUUGCCGAAUCUUGAGGUGUUGCAUAUUUGGAAGAAUAAUUUUACGCUGGAGUUGCCGGCGAAUCUUGGGGGGAGUGGGAGGUUGCUUAUGCUUGAUGUUACUGGGAACCAUCUUACUGGACCUAUUCCCAAAGAUUUGUGCAAAGGAGGCAAGUUACGAAUGCUAGUCCUAAUGGAAAACUACUUCUUCGGACCCCUACCAGACCAACUCGGGUCAUGCAACUCCCUAACCAAGAUCCGAAUCACCAAAAACUUCAUCAACGGCACCAUUCCCGCCGGCCUCUUCACUUUACCGAACCUCACGAUGCUCGAGCUCGACGACAACUACCUCACCGGCGAACUUCCUCAAACAAUGUCCAGCCACUCUCUCCAAAGCAUUUCAAUCUCCAACAACUUCCUCACCGGCAAUAUUCCUUCAUCUUUCAACAACCUAACAAAUCUCACAACUCUCACUCUCCAAUCAAACAACCUCGCCGGAGAAAUUCCGCCAGAAAUAUUCCGGUUAAAAAAGUUGUAUAAGCUCAACGUUAGUGAUAACGAUCUAACCGGUGAGAUUCCGGCUUUUUCAACUUGCGUGCAGCUUACGUCACUCGAUUUCAGCCGGAAUAAAUUUUCCGGUGACUUUCCGAGAGCCAUUUUGAAUUUGUUUGAUUUGAAUAUUUUGAAUCUGUCUCGGAAUCAAUUUAUCGGUGAGAUUCCGAGAAAGUUAGGUCAUAUGAACAGUUUAACGGUGUUAGAUCUAUCGUACAAUCGGUUUUCCGGUAAAGUUCCGGUUGACGGACAGUUGAAGGAUUUUAGUGAUACGAUCUUCGCAGGUAACCCUAACCUAUGUUUACCGGAAGCUUCUCACUGUCCGGUAAUCUCUAGAUCUGGAAACGAGAACCAUACGAUUUCAACAUCGAGGAUUAUGAUAAUGAUUAUUGCGAUAAUCACGAUUGUUACGUUACUUGUACUUACAUUUGUUAAAAUUAAGAACAAACGGAUUGAGAGAUCGAAAAUGUGGAAGCUAACUACGUUUCAACGGUCAGAUCUGAAAGUUGAGGAUGUGUUAGAGUGUUUGAAGGAUGAGAACAUAAUCGGUAAAGGCGGUGCCGGAAUAGUGUACCGUGGAUCGAUGGCGAACGGUGUUGACGUCGCGAUUAAGCGGUUGAUCGGGCGGAAUCAUGGUUUUGAUGCGGAGAUUCAGACUUUGGGGAAGAUUAGGCACAGGAAUAUUGUUAGGUUGCUUGGAUAUGUGUCGAAUCGCGAUAAUAAGUUGUUGAUUUACGAGUAUAUGUCGCAUGGGAGCUUAGGUGAGAUUUUGCAUGGGUCGAAAGGGGCGUACUUGGGGUGGGAUACGAGGUAUAAGAUCGCGGGGGAGGCCGCGAAGGGGUUGUGUUACCUUCACUAUGAUUGCUCGCCGAUGAUCUUACACCGAGAUGUGAAGUCGAAUAAUAUUUUGUUGGAUUCUGAUUAUGAAGCUCAUGUUGCGGAUUUCGGGCUUGCUAAGUUUCUAAGGGACACUGGUGCGUCCGAAUGCAUGUCUUCCAUUGCUGGAUCCUAUGGGUACAUCGCCCCAGAAUAUGCAUACACGUUGAAGGUGGAUGAGAAGAGUGAUGUGUAUAGUUUUGGAGUCGUGCUUCUAGAACUGAUAGCUGGAAAGAAGCCGGUUGGGGAGUUUGGUGAUGGGGUGGACAUAGUGAGGUGGGUCCGGGAGACCAUAUCAGAGCACUCUGAGCCGUCUGAUGCUGCGGCAGUGCUAGCGGUGUUGGAUUCGAGGCUCAAAGGGUACACGUUGACUAGUGUUAUAAACUUGUUCAAAAUCGCGAUGAUUUGUGUUGAAGAUGAGAGCUCGGCUCGGCCUACGAUGAGGGAAGUCGUCCACAUGUUAACUAAUCCACCUCAGCCAAAAUCUCAGCCAUGUUUGCUUACUCCUUGAUUGAUAUGUUAAUAGUAUGAUUGUUGUUGCUUGGGAUAAUCUGGAAUAAGUUUAGACACUUACUUAGUGGGUCAAAAGUACACAAAUCUUUUUCAUUGUAUGUAGGGAAGUCCUCUUUGUUGUUGUGAAAUACUAUCAUGAAUGUUGUUGGUUUUAGGUCCAUUAUCUUGA